AUGCGAGAAAUCGUGCAUAUACAAGCUGGACAAUGCGGCAACCAGAUCGGUGCCAAGUUCUGGGAGGUGAUUUCGGACGAGCACGGCAUCGAUCCUACCGGUGACUAUCACGGGGAUUCGGACUUGCAGCUGGAAAGGAUCAACGUCUACUACAAUGAAGCGUCCGGUGGCAAAUACGUUCCGCGUGCCAUCCUCGUCGAUUUGGAGCCGGGUACCAUGGACUCGGUUCGAUCAGGACCGUUCGGGCAGAUCUUCAGACCGGACAACUUUGUCUUCGGACAGUCUGGAGCGGGUAACAACUGGGCGAAGGGUCACUAUACCGAGGGUGCCGAGUUGGUCGACUCGGUAUUGGACGUGGUUAGAAAAGAAGCCGAGAGUUGCGAUUGCCUUCAAGGUUUUCAGCUAACUCACUCGCUCGGCGGUGGUACCGGUUCCGGUAUGGGUACCCUGUUGAUCUGCAAGAUUCGCGAAGAGUAUCCGGACCGAAUAAUGACUACCUUCUCCGUGGUACCAUCUCCGAAGGUAUCCGAUACCGUGGUCGAGCCUUAUAACGCGACCUUGUCCGUGCAUCAGCUGGUCGAGAACACCGAUCAAGCUUAUUGUAUCGAUAACGAGGCCCUCUACGACAUUUGCUUUCGCACCUUGAAACUCACCACUCCCACCUACGGAGAUCUGAACCAUCUUGUAUCGGCCACGAUGUCGGGAGUGACGACCUGUCUGAGAUUUCCCGGACAGCUGAACGCGGACCUGAGGAAGCUCGCCGUGAACAUGGUGCCGUUCCCUCGAUUGCACUUCUUCAUGCCCGGUUUCGCGCCGCUCACCUCGCGUGGUAGUCAACAGUACAGAGCGUUGACGGUACCGGAACUCACUCAGCAGAUGUUCGACGCUAAGAACAUGAUGGCCGCCUGCGAUCCUAGACACGGACGAUACUUGACCGUCGCCGCUGUGUUUCGCGGUCGAAUGUCCAUGAAAGAGGUCGACGAACAAAUGUUGAACAUACAGAACAAGAACAGCUCGUAUUUCGUCGAGUGGAUCCCGAACAACGUGAAGACGGCCGUCUGCGACAUACCACCCCGCGGUCUGAAAAUGUCCGCCACCUUCAUCGGAAACUCCACCGCGAUACAGGAACUGUUCAAGAGAAUUUCCGAACAGUUCACGGCCAUGUUUAGGAGGAAAGCGUUCCUUCAUUGGUACACCGGUGAAGGUAUGGACGAGAUGGAGUUCACCGAGGCCGAGUCGGACAUGAACGAUCUGGUGUCGGAGUAUCAGCAGUAUCAGGAAGCAACCGCGGAGGACGAGGGAGAGUUCGACGAAGAGGAGGAGACGGAGAAGUAAGAGACGCGUUUCUUGUCUCUUCUUCGUCUUCGUCAUCCUCCUGGCCCGUGCGAACACGUAAAAUAGCAUAAAUUUCUCGUGGACGUUGGAAAUUUCACUACCGAAUUUUUCUAUUCAUUCUAUUAUAACGAACGCUCCUCUUCGAUUUGUAUAUCUUUUGUGAUCUUUUUACGAAUGGUUUUUGAUCGAUUUUUAUAUAUAUAUACAUAUAUUUAUAUACACCUCUACGUAUAUUAUGUACACGCACGCACAUACAUACACAUGUUCGGAUAAGAUAAUACGAUAUAAUACACAUACGCAUAUAUACAUGUAUACAUAUCUUGUAAGUAUCUAGAAACGUUGUAUUAUCUUUGUUGAACAUUUAAUAGAUAUUCUUUAUGUCUUA